AUGAGCACCCAACCUAGCGACACCUUCACCGGAAGCCAAAGCUCGGGACCCGGGACCUUUUAUAGACGGUAUCUGAUCUCUGUGGACGGUAGAGGCAGCAGUGAUGUAUUCUCUGCUCAAGAACAGAUAGACCCCGAGACUUAUCGGAAAGUAUCAGCCGCACGGCUCGAUCGAGCGCUAAGCGAUGUAUCCGUCUCUGUCCUCGCAGAGUAUCGAGCCAACCCGAAGGAGGGGCGAUGGGAUUGCGCCUAUUUCGGCGACGACGAUGAGGAUUACCCAAGAGGCGGUGGUAGGUCGUGCUUAUCCUCGUCGCCUUCUGAUCCGAAUGCCAGUGUACCUGACGAGCUUGUUCCGACGAUUACAGAGUAUCUAGCUCACGCGAGGACGGCAGAUAGUAAGGCGGAAGGGGAAGGGGAGAAUAUCGAGCAACGACACACUGGCCGGUUAUACAGCUGGCUCAGCGGAUUUCGUUCAGGCAGGGGAAAGCCGUCCAAGAAUUGA